AUGAACAACCGGGGUAGAGGGAGACAAGGAGGCUUUGGGAGAUUUUUGGGCCAUGACACUAGGUUCCAAGGUCAUGUCGACCAAGGAAGGGCUCAAGGGUAUGAAGACCGAGGGAGAUGGAAAGACAGUGAUCGGACCUUGAACACAAUCAAGGUCAACCUCCUUACCUUCCAAGGAGGUAGCAACCUGGAAGAGUUCCUAGAGUGGAAGCUCCAAAGUGAGCGCAUCUUCCUCACCAACAAUGUGUUUGAGGCCUCAAAUACAAAGUAUGCCCUCACUCAAUUUGAGGGAUACGCUUCCACAUGGUGGGAAUCUAAGAAGUUACAAAGGGCUCAACAAAACAUCUAUGAUCUUCCAACUUGGAACGACUUGAUUGAGCUCAUGGAAAUAAGGUGGCUUCCAUCCACAUAUCGUCAAGAUGCACUCAAAAGGGUGUAUUUGUUGAAACAAGGGUCAAAAAGCGUGGAAGAGUACUUUGAUGAGUUUGAGGACUUGCGGAUGAAAGCCAAGCUAGAAGAACAAGAGGAGUGCACUAUUAUAAGGUUCGUAGCCUACUUGAACUGUGACAUUGCUAAACCCAUGAGGCUUAAGACUUACAAUAGUCUAGAAGAGGCAUUCCAUGAUGUAUCCAAGGUUGAAGCGGAUCUAAAGGAGGAGAGAUCUUAUAAAGACAAAGAAAGUCAUUUUCAACUUGGAGCAAAGGCAAAAAUAAGUGGAAAACUUCCACUUGGGAAAAGCCCGAGACCAACACUCCAACACCUCAAGCUAAGUUCGACUACAAAGCCAAGAAUGAUGAUAAGGCUAAAGGAGGUAACAAUUCUAAACCCAACUAUAACCGUCCAAUGCUUUAAGUGCCAAGGAAGAGGGUACUAUACAAGUGAGUGUCCCAAUCGGAGGACUAUCACCAUUGUGAGAGAUGGAUACCGGACCGAAGAUGAAGAUGAGGGAGGGAAUGGUAAUAAUGACAAGGGAGAAAAAAGUGAGUAUGAGGGUGAUUUCGAUGAAGAGGUUGAGAUAAGGUAUGAAGAAGCCUUGAAUCAUGCUAUUGUGGCUAGAAAGGCCAUGGGGGCUCUAGCUAGGGAAGAGAGUGACCAAAGGGAGAAUUUGUUCCACGCAAGGUGUAAAAUUGUGGAUAAGGUGUGCUCCUUGAUUAUUGAUGGUGGGAGUUGCACGAAUGCCGUUAGCCAAUUUUUGGUUGAAAGUAUGAAAUUCCCCACCCGCAAGCACACCAAUCCCUAUAUUCUCCAAUGGUUCAAUGAAUGUGGUGAGAUGAGGGUCAACAAGCAAACCAUUAUUAAAUUUAGCAUUGGCAAGUACCAAGAUAAGAUUUUGUGUGAUGUGGUACCUAUGCAAGCUUGCCACCUAUUGCUUGGAAGACCUUGGCAAUUUGAUGUUGAUGCCCAACAUAGUGGGAGAGCUAACAAGUACUCAUUUGUGGUUAAGAGAAAGAAGUACAUUCUUAUCCCACUAAACCCUUACCAAGUGAGUGACGAUUAUAGAGUCAUGAGGGAGCUUCGGGAGACGUAUCAAAAGGAAGAUAAGGAGAAGAAUGAGAGGGAGACUUUGUUGGUCAUAAGUGGAGAGGGGACAUCUCAAGAUAGUUCCAAGAAAUGUUUGUUAGCCAAACCAAGUAAUUGCUUAAAGGGAGUUGAUGAGAGACACUUCAUGGUGUGUCUUGUCAACAAGGACAUUCUCUUAAAUGCUAACCAAGCUACUAGCACUUUUCCUAGUAGUAUGUCUUCUCUUUUGCAAGAAUAUGAAGCAUUGUUCCUGGAAGAAAUGCCCGAUGGCUUACCUCCCUUGAGAGGUAUUGAGCACCAAAUUGAUUUUGUACCGGGUUCUCAAAUCCCGAACAAGCCGGCAUAUAGGAGCAAUCCGGAGAAAACAAAGGAAUUGCAAAGGCAAGUUGAGGAGCUACUCAAGAAGGGUCUAGUCAAAGAGAGUCUUAGUCCUUGUGUCGUACCGGCAAUUCUGGUCCUAAAGAAAGAUGGCACUUGGCGGAUGUACAAAAUCACGGUAAAGUAUCAACAUCCUAUCCCUAGACUUGAUGACAUGUUGGACUAG